GUUUCCUUUCAUCUCGCUAAUCAAAUCUUACUAGUGAAUCUCAAAAUCUCUCUUUCCACAUUCUCUGUUAAAGCAAUUACUAACACUACUCCAUCUCUCUGUUCUAUUUCAUUUUUGUUGCACAUUUAUUCAUUUUGCAUUUUUUUAAUUUUCAAGAACUUAGCAUAAAUGGCGGAUCACAAAAACGCACACCACGUAGUCGAAAUCCCAGUCGACGAAAAGCAUCAACAGAUGUCCGUGACGACCACAUUCUCCGCAAUUCAAAACCAUCCUUUGAUGGAAAUUUCCCAAAGCCCUGGCCACCUCUUGCUUCUUAAGCUGUGGCAAAGAGAAGAAGAUUUAUUUGGUCGCAAAAUUGCUCGAAAAGAGUCACGGCUCGAUUCGAUCCGAUCAGAAAUUUUCCAAUUAUGCUGUUUUUUCUUUUUGUUUCACGGGUUUUUCUUAACGAUAUUAUCUGCAUCAGUAACGUAUAUUAGGAAUGUUAAUGAGGAGCAUGAGAAUGUUUGUCACAAAUGGUGGGUACCGUCUAUUUUAUCGCUGUGUACUUCACUUGUUCUGGUUUUUUGUGUUCAGGUGAAGUUGUGCAGGUACUGGAAAGUGUCGAGACAGCUGCAGAGGGAGCGAGCCGAUAGCAGGAGCUUGGUGAGGUGUGUUCAGGAGCUGAGGAUGAAGGGGGCUAGCUUUGAUUUGUCUAAAGAGCCUCUGAAUGCAAAGAGAAUGAAGAGUUCCAGUGUUGAGAUCAAGUGGAAGCCAUUGACAUGGUGUUCUCAGAGUCUCACUACUAUUUGUCUGGUCUGUUUGACUGGCCUGCUCUUCCCUGCUUCCAGAAUUAUUCUCUGCGUUUAAGCCUGCUUCCACAUUCAGCUGUCACUCCGGGUACAAUUGUAUAUGCAACAAGAUCAAACAAAAUCAGAUAGGCAUUCAGCGACUUCAAUACACGAGCUCGGGGGAACUGCCUAGUGAUCAAUGUGAAUCUGAUCGAAGUUCAACGUUCAAGUAUCUACUUGAGCCCUUUUCCAUACACUGUACGGAAUGUUUUGCUGUAUAACUGUAUUACAAAUUGCAGCCCUGGUUGCUAAUAUAAAUCAUGUACAUUCACUUCAAUGCAUAUGACAUAAAUCUAAA